GGGAUAGUGCAGCAACAUAACGCAUCCAGCAGUCAUGUCAUUGAAGUGGCUCUUGUUCGUUGCCCUGGUGGCAUUGCUCAGCAUUGGAACUGGCACCUCUGCCAAGCCAAGGAGGACCGCCAUCCAGGCCAGACCCGCUGCUCUAGAGCAGCUUAGCCGUCUCCAGCGCCUGAACGCCAGGUAUUAUGCCGUUCAGCAGGAUGAAGAGGAUGGCGAUGAUAUUAUCGAGCACGAAGAGGACCUACCAAAGGGGACAACCAACGAUGGUGAAGAAGAUGAGGACGGGGAAGAAGGUGACGAGACCAAGGAUGAAGAGAAGCAGAAAGAAGUGGAUAGCAAAAAGUUGACCUCAAACACCAACACCACACCGACCAAGGCAAAGACUGAAGUGAAGCACCAGCAAGCGGAGGAGCAGGAGCCCACCGAUGAGCUCCAGGAUCUCGAGGAACUCGAGAACGAGGCUGAGGCCGAGGAGGAACUGGAGCCGGAAAUCGAUCUCGCCCGCGCCGUGCCACGAAAUCGGAGGCGAGGUGGCCGGCGCAACGGCAGGGGCGGACGCAAGGGGCGUGGCAAGAACAACCGCAGGCGGGGAAACCGCAGGUGCGGGGGCAAGGGCGGGCGCGGUCGCCGUGGCCAACGCAGACGCUCUCCAUCAAAGCGCAGCGGCAACAAACGAACGGGCACAAACAACAAGCGACAGGGCCAGAAAAACAAAACAGUCAAGAAACCGACUGCAGCGCCAUCCACAAAGGUGGCCUGAAGUGCUCUAAAUUGCCACCCAUUAAUGCAGCUUUAAAAAUCAUUUAAACAGCAGCAAAACUCCAAACAAAUAAACUAAAACCAAACCCCUAA